AUGUUACUAAAUAUAAAGCAGAUCCUGUGGUUAUAUUGUCUCUGUGAAGUUGCCACUGCAAACGUCGCCAACACAUUGUCAAUCAUCAAGCCAGUCACUGGGUCCCUCUCCGGGAUGGUUAACCUUCCCUGUUUCUUCUCCACUAUUCCAACCUCGUCACCGGUCAACCCGAAUGCCAGCGUCCUUUCUUCUAUAGACUACUUACGCAUCAAAUGGACCAAAAUAAAGGGAGAUGUGGAAUCAACCGUGUUAGUGGCACAAAACGGGGUCAUCAAAAUUGGCUCCGGCUACAGGAACCGAGUAUCGGUGCCCAGUCACCCUGAGGAUGUGGGGGACGCCUCAUUGACGAUGGUCAAGUUGCGCGCUAGUGAUGCGGGCACGUAUCGCUGUGAGGUCAUGUUCGGCAUUGAGGACACCAGAGAUACAGUUAAUCUCAAUGUUGAUGGGGUCGUCUUUCACUACCGUGCCAACACCAGCAGGUACACGUUAGACUACGAGAAGGCGGUUGAAGCUUGCCGCAACAUCGACGCCACCAUCGCUACGUACGACCAACUGAAAGCAGCAUACGAGGAUGGUUUUGAUCAGUGUGAUGCCGGCUGGAUUGCUGACCAGACAGUAAGAUAUCCAAUCCUAAAGCCCAGAACGGGUUGCUACGGCAAUCUACGGACUAAACCUGGUGUCAGGUCAUAUGGAACCAGGAAACCUACAGAGACAUAUGAUGUGUACUGCUAUGUGGAUAAACUUUAUGGUGACGUAUUUUACGCCCCCGUGUCCCAGAAAAUGACUUUUGAGGAAGCUAAGCAAGAAUGUCAGAGGAGGGAUAGCGAACUUGCAACACCCGGUCAGCUUCACGCUGCUUGGCGGCGAGGUCUCGACAAGUGUGACUACGGCUGGCUUUCGGACGGCAGUGCACGAUAUCCUGUUGCUGUACCCAAAAUCCAGUGUGGGGGAGGCCUGCUGGGGGUUCGGACUAUGUAUCGCUACAAGAACCAAAGUGGAUUCCCAGAACCGACGACUCGGCUCGGCGCUUACUGUUUCAAAGGUUGGAAACUGAUGUUCAACCAAACUUCUUAUGUGGACCUAACAGCAGCAAACAUUACCAGCACGGUCUUCAGUUCCUCUCCCAUUCCUUCACUUGAGGCUAGCAUGGUCACUCGGACCCAAACUUCUGAACAUUGGACAGAGGCUGAAGUAGACUCGGCAGUUCAUUCUAACCCGCCGUCAAUGUUUUCCACUAGUAUGAUUCCGCCACGACCCACUCCAGCAGAUAAAGAAGAGGAGUUAUUCCCUACAGUGACACCAACCAUUAUAGACGACCAUGAAGACAUUGAUGAUCUGACACCAGUAGACCUGGACUUUGAUGUUGAUGACUUUGUACAUGAGAAUGUAACUUAUGUUGAAUCUGUUCCCUAUCGCGGCGAUGCAAUACAUGAGCUUGACAUUACUGACAGAACGGAGUCAAUGUCCAAAGCAACGGAAGAACCAGACGAUCAUACAGUGAUUCAGAUCAGCACAAUAGAAUCCGAUGCAGUACUACAAGAUGCCUCUCCUACCAGAGAGCCAAUGUUUGCUGGCGGAGAAACUGAAGAAUCCGUUGUGAACUCUAAUCUCACCGACCUGGCAACACAAUCCACUAAUGUGACAACAGAAGAAGUUUUCCGUUUCCCACCAACUGGACCGACACCAGCAUUCUAUGAUGGUGACACUGAUGAGAUGGAGACAAAUUUACUUGUAGAGGCACUGCCACCCACGCAGUCAUCACAGGACUUCUUGCUUAGCACAGAUGCGACGGACAGCCCUACCACCACAGCCAUUCCCACAAGCACUACAGUCAUGUGCAACACUAAACCUGGCACUGAGGUGGACAUCAGCGACCCGAACCGUUCACUACUGCAAACAACCACGCAGAACAAAGUUCUUUUACAGGACGUCUUAACACCAGAAGAAAGCCUGCUGGAACCUGGAACAGGCGCUCCUAUUCUCAUCGAACACACAACAUCCGGUGACGCGUCGACAAGUGUUUUUGAUGAGUCUAGCAGUCAAACUUCAACGCAAAGUGGUGACAACCUCACGCAGAUUGACACAACAACAGACAUUGAUGCAGAGUUCUUCACUACGACCGUUCCUGUGAUUUCAACUGCGGGCAGAAGCAGCACUGUCUCUCCGGAAAGAACGAUCACAAAGGAAGAGUUUAUCAAAGAGACCACUGUCAUGCAGAAGCAGAACACAUCAGUUGACCAGAUUCUACAGUCACAAAACUCUCAGUCAACUGUCCUGCCUGACCGCAACACUCCCUCAAUAGUAGAUGGUUCUGGAGACACGACCAUAGACCUAUCUGGAGAAUCGUUGAUUUCAACCACUUCCACUUCAAUAAUUAGAAGUAACACCCAAGUCGUAAAAACUAGCACUGAGAGCUCAUCGGUACCACCAGAGACAAAUUCAACAAAGACCAGUGGUCAACAAAUUACCCAGAUCACUCCAUCUCUAGUUACUUCAUUUAAUAAGGAAGACGCUUCAGGUGAACAAAUACCUGAAUUUACCGCAAAUCUGCCUGUAUCUCCUACUUUUUCAUCCUUGUUUAGCACAGAAAAAACAACAAAACUGCUUCUUGAGGAUAAAAAUACAAUAACCACAGGUUUACCUUUAUACAUCACUGACCUUCAAGAAACAAUUACUGAUGAAACUGCCCAAGUGGAUUCUGAUAUGCAAUCAUCAUUAAGUCCAUCUCAGACUGAAGAAAGUUCUGCUGUGACCCCAUUAGAUCAAGAUGGUUCAGGUGAUCGGACCCAGGACAUUCUCCGACAGUCAUAUUCUCCCAACGCUGAAUCUACUCUCUACAUCACUGAGGCUCCACAUACACAAACGACCACGAGCUUAUCGUCUCUUCCAGAUAUUCAGGUUGAGGUGGUGAGCUCUGAUAUAUCUCCAUCAGUAACUGAAUUGAGCAUUACCACUGAAACAGGAUAUUUUACAGAUAUGGAUGAUGGAAUUAUGGUUGAUGCUUCACUGGAUAUUCACAGUACAACGGACCCAAGCACCAUCCACUCAAGCAACACUCCGAGUGGAGACACCAAGCCAGAUUUAAAAGAACAAACAUCCACUAUGGUGCAACAUGAGUCUCAAACAUCAACCAGCAAAAUAAUUUUACUCACAGACGAUGCAAAGAAUGAAGUUGAACAGUUGUCCCCAGUGACACAUAUCUUAAAAGAAGAAAGCCCAACGCCUGAGGUCACCCCGAGCACUGAUAUCAUAAUAGAUGCUGAUGCAAUUUCGAUCAUCUCAUCUUCUCCAUUUUACCCGACUAUUAAGACAGAAGAGGCAGGAGGUCUCUCACCAUUUACAAUGGUGCAACAAUUGGAGGAAAGUAUUCUGGUAAAAUUUGUCACAACCUUUCAUCCCCAACAAAACCCAACACCUCCCAAAGAAUCAUUAGAGCAUGCCCGUUCAGAGAUUACUCUGACACAUCGCCCUCGCACAGAUUUUUCCUCUGAAGAUGUAUCACCAACCAGUCCUAUGUCUGCAAAUCAUUUUGAGGAAUCAACAACAGAGCCUGUGCCGUCCUCGGUGGAUCAAACCGCAAUUGACCCAAGGGAUGAACAAGUUUCAAUUGGUGAAAAAAUUGUAAAAACUCCAGAGACAGAUGUUCGAGUAACACCGUCAUCUCCUGGUAGCGUUUAUGAAGACCUCGGUGCUUCAGAAAGCACUAGCAGCUUUGAAUAUGGAAGGAGUACAGCAACCCAGUACAAUCAAGAACAAGACCAAGAGUUCACUACAGUGACACCAGCUGAAAUGCAAAGCCAUAAUAUGCUAUCAGUCACAUUGCUGGCCAGUAUCCAACCACCCUCAGACAUGGGUAACAAAUUAAACAGUGACAUAACUCCAUCUCCAUCAUUCACUGGAGGAGAAUCACAUAUGACAGAGGAAGGCACAAGUUCACUUCCUGAUCCAGAACCCGAACAGGGGAACACAAUUAUAGAAGAGGCUGUUGAAAUUUCAGGAAUUGACUCGUGUACAGAAAACAUAUGUCUAAAUGGAGGAUCUUGCCUGAUGAGUGGCAGCAUCCCAACAUGUAGCUGUGCACCUGGUUAUGGCGGUGAUCACUGUGAAACAGAUAUUGAUGAGUGUCAGUCCAACCCAUGCCGUAACGGAGGCACAUGUGUUGAUGGAGUAGCUUGCUUUCAAUGUGUUUGCCUACCGAGCUACGCUGGACUAUUUUGUGAGGAAGAUACAGAGGGCUGUGAAUAUGGCUGGCACAAGUUUCAGGGCCAAUGCUACAAGUAUUUCCCCACCAGAAAAAAUUGGGAUGCAGCAGAGAGAGAAUGUCGCAUGCAAGGAGCUCAUCUGAUCAGCAUCCUGUCCCAUGACGAGCAACAGUUUGUCAACCGUCUUGGACAUGAUUACCAAUGGAUCGGCUUGAAUGAUAAGAUGUUUGAUAGUGACUUCCGCUGGACUGAUGGCAGCCCCACGAAUUAUGAAAACUGGAGGCCCAACCAGCCAGACAGUUUCUUCUCCGCCGGAGAAGAUUGUGUGGUGAUGAUCUGGCAUGAGGACGGCCAGUGGAAUGACGUUCCAUGCAACUACCAUCUCACUUUUACUUGCAAGAAGGGCACAGUGGCCUGCAGUCAGCCUCCACAAGUGGAGAAUGCCAGAACCUUUGGGCGACAACGCGACCGCUAUGAGGUCAACUCACUCGUCAGGUACCAGUGCGGCAAGGGCUACAUUCAGAGGCACCUCCCGACAAUCCGUUGUCGUGGCGAUGGACGUUGGGAUGUUCCGAAAAUCACCUGCAUGAACCCAUCCAACUAUCAGAGAGGCUUCUUGAGGAAGCAUCAACACAAAAAUCUGUACAGCAUCAACAACUUCAGGCAAUGGCCAGAUCAGGCCUACCAUCUUUACCAUCAGCGCUACAGGGGACGAAGAGAUAAGCCGGAACACAAACGGAAGAGCAUCUGA